AUACACUAUGCACAAUUAGCAUGGAAUGAGUCGGAGAAAGAUGAGAGAAUUACUAGUAUAGUAUGGUGUGGACGGAAGAAGCAAGUAUAAAAAUGCAGAGGAGCCAAGCGCAGGGGACAAGUCCAAAGCUGGCCUGGCUGAGGACGCCAAGAGAGAAACGAUAGACCAGCUAACUAUCUGCCAUGGACAUGGCUGCUGGCAACUCGCCGGAGCAGCCCUCCCCCGACUCCGGCGAGGAGAUGAAGAAGGUGUACGUGGCGGUGGGGGCCGGGUCCGACUCCAAGGCGAUGGUGCUGUGGGCGCUGCACAAGUUCCCCAAAGACUCCGCCGCAGCCUCCUUGGUCCUGCUCCAUGUCUACCCCCGACCCAAGCUCAUCCCCAUCAUGGGUGCCAGGAUACCUGCUAGCCAGGUGCAGGAGCAGGAGCUGAUUGCCUACAAGAAGAUGGAGCUACAAACAAUCAGUGACACUCUGGAUCAACACCUGCUAUUAUGCGCACAGGAAAAGGUACAAGCUAAGAAGCUGGUGGUGGAAUCAGAGGAUGUAGCAGAGGGACUGGUGCAGCUCAUCGCUGCGCGUCAUGUCACUGCUCUUGUCAUGGGGGCAGCAGCUGAUAAGCAUUACACAAAGAAGAUGAGAGCUCUUAAGUCCAAGAAAGCGCAGGCCGUGGAACAGCGGGCUGAUCCUUCCUGCAAAGUAUGGUACAUUUGCAAAGGAACACUCGUUUACCGUAGGAAUGCUGUUCCCCUUGGCCAUGAAGCAAUGCCGGAAGGUAUGCAAGAGUAUGCUGCUCAACAGUUCUCCGUGGAUAGAUCGACUAGCUUGUCGGAGACUUGGUGUGUUUCAAGCACAUGGCUACACAAACCCCACGCCAGACUGCAGAUGGAAAGGACAAGCCCGUGCGGAUCAGAUGGUAAUGAAAAGGAAAUUGUUAAAGAGUUUGACGAGGCCAACAUAAAAUUCCAGCAUAUGCUCAAGGAAUUGGAGAGUGCAAGAAAACAAGCUUAUGAAGAAAAAUGUGGUCGUGAGAAAGCAGAACGGGAUUUAUUUGAGGCUUUCCAAAAAGCACGAGCCUCCGAGAAUAUGUACUUAGGAGAAGUGAAGCAAAAGAAUGAAAUAGAGGAAAAGUUGGCAACAGUAACGGAGGAAGUUGAGAGGCUCACGGAAACAACUGAUGCACUUGAUGCAAAGCUUCGAGAGGAAUGCAAGAAAAGAUCGGCCCUGGAGAAAAGAACGACCCAUUCUGACCGUAUCAUCAAGGAUUUGAUGUUGCAGCUCAACAAGGCUGUAAGAGAGGUAGAGGCACUGCAUGCAAAGAAGAGAGAGUCCAGUGCAACCGCGGAGGGGACAAUGCACAUCACCGAGUUGUCCAGCUCAGAGAUUAAGGAUGCAACCAACAACUUUGACCACUCAUUGAAGGUUGGAGAAAGUGUUUAUGGAAGCGUGUACAAGGGCUUUCUCCGGCACACAAAUGUGGCCAUAAAGAAGUUGAAUCCUGAAAGCACACAGUCACAGUCGCAGUUCAAUCAAGAGAUAGAGAUACUCAGCAGGGUGCGGCAUCCAAACCUGGUUACUCUUAUUGGAGCUUGCAAGGAUGCUCAAGCUCUUGUCUACGAAUACAUGCCGAAUGGAAGCUUGGAUGACCGCCUGGCUUGCAAGGACAAUUCUAAACCUCUUAGUUGGCAGUUGCGCAUCCGCAUCAUUUCCCAUGUUUGCUCCGCACUCAUCUUCCUCCAUUCUAAUAAACCCCAUAGCAUUGUCCACAGUGACCUGAAAGCAUCUAACAUUCUUCUAGAUGGAAAUAAUGUAGCAAAGCUCAGUGGUUUUGGCGUGUGCCGAAUGUUCACUGAUGAGUUCAGGGACACAACCACUCUAUAUAGGCAUACCCACCCAAAGGGAUCUUUUGUGUAUAUUGAUCCUGAAUAUGUUAUGACUGGUGAUCUAACACCGCUAUCUGACGUAUACUCUUUCGGAAUCGUGCUCCUUCGCCUCUUGACUGGAAGACCAGGAUUCGGGCUGUUGAAAGAUGUGCAACAGGCUGUGGAAAAGGGUUGCUUGGAAGCAAUAUUGGAUUCAUCUGCUGGGGACUGGCCUGCUAUGCAGGCUGAGCAAUUGGCUCGGGUAGGUCUGAAAUGCUGCGAGAUCAGAAGAAAAAACCGUCCUGACCUGCAAAAGGGGGUUUGGACUGUACUUGAACCAAUGUUGAAGCCUGCUUCCAUUAUGAUGUGUUCCUUGUCAUUCAAAUCAGUAUCAGAAGACCUUGGUGGUGUGCCGCCCUACUUCAUCUGUCCAAUACUACAGGAUGUCAUGAGGGAGCCUCUAAUUGCUGCAGAUGGCUUUACCUAUGAAGCCGAAGCUAUAAGGGAGUGGAUUGACAGUGGCCACCAUACAUCACCCAUGACAAAUCUUGAGCUACUCCACGGUGAUCUUUUGCCGAACCAUGCCCUCCGUUCUGCAAUCCAAGAAUGGCUGCAGACAGAUGCCCAAUAAUAUGUUAUUUUUACAAUCAUAGGACCUAAAAAUGAACUAAUACUAUGUCCUUAACCCCUUUACGCACAAUAAUAGGCACAUACCCUCCAACAGAAUAAGUAAAGGCAUACACAUCGUUUUUGUUUUGCUUUUCAGCAAAAUUUUGUAUCAAAAAUAUAAUAUACUUGGAGCUCCAUCAGCAGUGUACCAGUGUUUGUACAUGGAUCUGUAUAGUCAAAACUGUGGUGAUAAUAUUGUACAUGGAUGCUGCACUCUGUUUUUUCA